AUGCAAAAGGCAGGACGAGCUGCUCAUUCCGUUCCGCCAGUGCAUAUCCAACUGAGCAACCCAGGGACCGACGUCGUGCUGCUGCAUUUUGCAGGCGAGAGUUCCUUGCGGAGUAACCAUGCCACGAGGCCGUACAUCUCUCACCGCAAUGACUCUCCCUUGUUCUUCCGGCCAAAGCGAAAGCGUGGUCACCGUCGCUUCAACAUCCUUCCGGUGAUCUUCGCAGCCCUUGUCGCUUUUGCAACGGUCUACUUACUGCUGCGCUGCGCCCGUUACUUGGUAGCCACGAACAAGCCCAAGGGCGUAAUGAGGUCUGUGUCCGCUGUGGACCGAGAAGACAGGCGAUGUGAGGUUCCUAUUUCCUUAAGAGGGCAGGGAGAGCCUGCACGCGUUGCUUUAUCUGGCGAAUCCCCUGACGAAGGAAAAGUGCUCCAGGGAGCCGAACAGUACAUAUCGGCUCUCGCUAAGGAGGUAAAAGAUAGCAGAACUGGCUUGCUUUCGAUGCCUGCGUCUCUUAGUGUGAAGGUGUUCAGCAGCGUGUUGCGCCACUGCGUAGUGGAACUGGCUGCCCUGACUUCGUUGCUAGAGCCGGCACAGCGGAAACCUGUGGAAGAUGCGGUAGAAGUCGUUGGUUUAGAGAUCGAGUUCUUUAGUUCAUUCUUCAAAUCUCAUCAAAAAUCCCGUGCCAGGUUGCGUCACAUGCAAUGCAUGCAUGAUUUUCUUCUGGAGUUGCCAAGAAUAGACUUCGCCGGGGAUUCCAUGCCGCGCUGCCAGCGUAUCUCGAAACUAGAGAAGCUACUCACGUUGCAAGAGGUGGCGCUGACCCAGAUGCAGGAUGGCGUGCGCAUAUUGACUGCCCAUUUCCAACAGGGGGGAGAGCCAUUACCGGAAGACACUGAAAAAAGUCAUCUGGAUGCGUUGUACCAGACAACUGAGGUGCGCCGCAACCAUGUACUUAGAGACAACGAGCUCGGGCAGUGGCUGCGCCACAAACAAGCUCAGGGCACGCGCUUCGGUCUCGCGGCUCCCAACAUAAUUCAACGAAUCGUCGAGGCCCCAGAAAAAUCGCACGAGGAACUCCUAGAGGAGCUCCGCAAUACCCCUUUGGGCAAAUCACAACAGCAUGGCAAGCUGCGCGAGUCGGGGUCAACUGAGGCCCACGCGAAACCCCAGCAGGAGGCGGCUCCACUCCCAGCGGAAGCUCACGCUGGCGAAGUCGAGACAAACAUGCGCCCGUCAAAGAGCUUGAGCAGUUCUGAACCUUCUGUGAAGUCUGGGCAGCUUGCUGGCGUUGGAGCAUCUGCGAGUCAGGCAUCAGAACGCUCAGGCUCUUCUGAGAGGCCUGCAUUGCUUGGAGGACUGGGAUUGCCUGAGAGUGUGGGGGCUUCUGCUGUUGCUGGGGCUGCAAUUGCGUCUUCGAGUUCUGCUUCGGCUCCUAGUAAAUCUCUUCCGUUGACGGCUUCUGGAGCUCCCGUUUUCCCGGCGAAGGCGGGUUCUCACGGGGCUCCGGAGACCUUUAGUUCUUCGGACUCUUCUGCUUUCUCGGAAACGUCUCUGCAGUGGAGUUCCUCCGAAGUAUCUAGAGAUGUGUUAUUUUCAGGACAGUCGGCGGUAUCGAAUUCAGCUAAUGUGUACGUUGAUUCAGAGGCGUCGGACUUGGCAACAGCCGCAGAGCCCUACGGGCCGUCGGACGUCUCACCACAACAGGUGACUGGCCACCUCCAACUCCAUGGAGCCCCCCUCACCCUUGCGCCCGCAGGGCAAGUGGUGCCUGAAAUGCUCAGUUGGUUGCUUGAAGCCCUUGCAGUGUCGUCAGUGUGGCAAUACCCACAAACGCAACUACCAGGAGGUCUCCCAGUUUGGAAAGGUGGUCCAUCCAAAGAGCGGGCAGAAUCCCACUUGGACGAUGAUACUUGGCCAGAGGACCCAGCAAACCACGGCCUUUGGGGCCGGCAUGCACCUGCCUCUCCUUCGCAGCACAUGCUUCCGGGGAAGAGGAGGGCACCUUCUUUUCAGGGGGGCCCUAGCGCUCGUCGAUAUGCCUCCGGCCGGGAUAUCUUCGCCGCCCCUGGUGUUUUCGGCAGACGGCGUCUCGACGACCCAGAAAGCAGGCCACCAGAUAUGCAGCACUCGCCUGGGGGGCGUGGUACGCUCAGCUUUCCACCAGAAGCAGUGAAACGCUGGCAGCCGCCUGAUACUGAGCCAGGGAUUCCGUUAGAGGGACAUUUGGUGCCCAAAAGGACUCGUCUUCCAUUCAAAGGGGUGGCUGUAGGAGAGCCAGCAGGAAUGGCACAGGAACGAGAAACCUCACCAGCGGCACGCGUAACAGCAGCUCUUUUCUCUUCGACUUCUGCAGAUCCUAGCAAAGCCUUGCUUUCACUUCGUGCGCACAGCGGCGAGGCUGGCAAUAAGUAG